UAUGAUUUUUUUUCAAAUUUAAUUUUUGUAAAAGACAUAAAGAAAGAAUACGGAGUUUACAUGAAUUUAAAAUAAUGCGGUGAAGAUAAAGCAGGCUAAAUUCAGAUUGAUAGGAUGCAGUCUACCAGAAUUCUGGAGAGGGAGUUUGUCCUUGUGGAACAUGAGUUCGAGUACACCGCUAAAGACGGACGUGUCAUCACUAUAAAACCUAACGAGAGGUACAUACUCCUGAAAAAGACUAAUGAGCAUUGGUGGCACGUCUGCCACGAUAACAAGUCAAAACCAUUCUAUAUUCCAGCGAAAUAUGUCAAAGUCUUAUCCUCUCAGUCAUUGAGUGCCAAUGGGUGCCAGCCAUACAACGUUCAGUGCGAGGAAGUGACGGGGAAUGUACCAAGGAUACAGUAUAGCUACGCAUACCUGCCUUCUGAUCAGCAGAUCAACUCCGAUGGCCUAUCAUCAUUAGAUAGGCAAGAGAUCGAAAGCAAUAACAACCCAGCAAUAGUUACUGCAAACAGAACCGGUGUCAGUAACAGCCAGAAUGUAGCUGGUGAACAGAAGAUUGGCACAAGUCAUACACUUCCACAAGCCGGCAUGCAAAAGACCAGCCCUAAAAAUAAUUUGCCAACAUCUGGCUUGCGGACUAUAAGCCCCCACAACAUAUCUUCCACCUCCGGCAUGCAAAGGAUGAUUGAAAACAACAUUCAACCAGCAUCUAAUGUACAAAGGAUCAAUCCAGUGAUUACUUUGCCAGCAACUACUACUGAAAGAAUGGCUCCGGUUACCAAAAUGCCACCAGUUAGUGAUCCAUGGAACAAUCCUUAUAACACCCUACCAGUAACUAGUGCUCAGAGGACCAGUCCUGUUAACACCCUACCAGUAACUAGUUCUCAGAGGAGCAGUCCUGGUAUCACCCUACCAGCAACUAAUGCUCAGAGGACUAGUCCUGUUAACAUCCUACCAGUAACUAGCGCUCCGAGGAGCAGUCCUGUUAACACUCAACCUACAUCUAGCAUGCAGAGGAGUACUCUUAGUAAUAGCUUGUCUGCUGCUAGUCUACCAGGAAUUAGUAUUAGCAGCCCCUUUUUAUCAGCCAUAGGCCAGACGACCAUUAAAAGUAACCGCUUGCCCGGAUCAAAUGGGCAGCAGCGGACCACAGUAUUAUCAGGCUCAUCACGCUCUCUUACAGAAAGUUCUGUGUUAUGUGAAUACCCAACUGCGGAUACCAUGCAAAUAUUUGUCGAGGAGCAGACUACCUGCCGAACUCACACUCCGAUGAGAACAUUUCAUAAUUCCAAGAAGAUUCUGGAUUCUAAAAAACGCAUCAGCUUUGCAUUGCCCCCAGAUCUACAGCCAACCAUCAGGCCCACACAAUCCCUAAAUGAUCUACAAACCAUCAUUUACGAACUCCCUGCCAGCCAAUCUCCAGCCUCAGAGCCCUCCAAAAAACCUGAAUCAUCUCAAACUCGACAGGUGGACCCCAAGCAGACCAACCUAGGAGGACGUGUGCCAGCCUCAUCUCCAGACCAGGCUGUGAAUGAGGAGGAAGAGCCAGCCAAUGUCUAUGCUAACCUAGAGCAAUUCCGAAAAGAUAAUGUACGGGACAGGUUGCCCUCUCAACAGCACAGUUCAACCAGCACAUUAGAUGACUGGGAGACCCACACUGACCAAGACAGUGGCAACAUCUUCUAUUAUAACAGUUCUACUGGGGAAACAACCUGGGACUCUCCUUUCGACCAACCAGAAGACCAAAUCAACUCGCCUGUUUCUCCAGUAUCCCUGAGUCCACAGCCUGAGGACAGUGAUUGGGAGAAGCAUUUUGAUGAAGCCAACCAAAAAUUUUACUUCUAUAAUUCAGUGACAGGAGUAACCUCCUGGGACCCUCCUAUGGAAGAGUUACAUUUACAAAGCGGACAGUCAGUAUUCGGAUACGGAUCAAUGGACAGGAGGCCACCAACUCCAGAAACGGACUACCCCGACUUUCCAGAAGCAGACUACGAUGAUGAUUACCCACCACUGUACAAUGCUAUUCCACCACCACCAAACAAAAAUUCUUCUGAAGAUCAACUCAAAGGCUGGUCCUUCCAGAUCAACAAGGAAGGAAAAAAGAUCUACAAAAAUAACUUCAAUAACGAGACUUGGCUGCAGUCACAAGAUAUGAAUGGGAAAACCUAUUUUUAUACUCCAGAUGGAUCAAGUUCACAGUGGCAUUUACCGGAGUUAAUCCCGCCGGAUUAUGGCAGAAGUUACAGUGAGUCCGACCAGGACAACAAUAUUUUCUUGAGUCUGCCUCCAACUCUUUCCGCAUAUUCUUACCAAAAAGAUACAGAUGUUUUCAUGCCGGGACAUAAGAGAAGUGACUCUGAUAAUAACGUUUUGACGCCUGGAAGCCAGCAGACCAAAAGCCUAAUUAAAGCCGGAGUGCUCCAAAAAGCAAAAGUAUUAGAGAAUGGAAAAAGGGUCCGGAAAAACUGGAGUUCAUCAUGGACUGUUCUGGAAGGAGGAGUCUUGACGUUUUUCAAGGAUGGUAAAAAUUCAUCAUCCAAUAGUCUGAAACAAUCUUCAUUAACUGUCCCGGAAUAUACCGUCAACUUGCAAGGAGCAUCCAUUAUUUGGGCCACAAAGGAAAAGUCCAGCAAGAAAAAUGUAUUAGAACUGAAAACUCUGGAUGGCAGUCAGUAUCUGAUACACCAUGAUUCGGAGUCUAUAACAAAGGAUUGGUACAUAUCAAUAAGUAACAGCAUUGGGAAAAGUGUGCACAUGUCUACAGAAAAAGCCACAGACAGUGAUGCUGAAUCUCCGCGAUUGUUUGGCUCUAGUGAAAGACUGGGAUUUAAAGAAGAGAAAGACAAGAAAACUCUAGGGCAGUAUAACACCACCAGCAGCUCAGACAGUGAUCGGAACGUACGCAAUAAACUGAAAAAGUUACUGCAAAGGCGGCCAACGCUACAGUCACUGCGAGACAAAGGUUACAUUAAAGAUCAAGUAUUCGGAUGUCCUUUACGUCAUCUUUGUGAGAGAGAAAGGACAGACGUCCCACUGUUUGUUACCAAGUGCAUUCAAGCAGUGGAAAAAAGAGGUCUUGAUAUCGAUGGUCUAUAUAGGGUUAGUGGAAAUCUUGCCAUCAUUCAAAAACUGCGAUACAAAGUUGACCACGAUGAAAACUUCAAUUUGGAUGAUGGUCGAUGGGAAGAUGUCCAUGUCAUCACCGGGGCUUUAAAAUUGUUUUUCCGAGAGCUGCCAGAACCUCUUUUCCCAUUCACUCACUUCGACUCAUUCGUUGAAGCAAUAAAAAUGAGUGACCAAAUUCAGAAGAUCCGAAGGAUGAAAGAACUGGUGCAAAGUUUACCUCCCCCAAACUUAGAGACCAUGCGAGUGCUGUUCAAACACCUGUGCAGUGUUAUCGAAUAUCGAGAAUCUAAUCGUAUGUCGGUGCAAAGUAUCUCAAUUGUAUUCGGUCCAACUCUACUUCGCCCCGAGACAGAAAACGGAUAUAUUGCGAUGUAUAUGGUGUUUCAGAACCAAAUUGUGGAGCACAUUCUAAACCAGUACAAAAACAUAUUUAAUAUUAGCUGAUACAAUUUCCAUCGUAAGCUCGACGGCUGGGACAUGAAGGUGCUGGAUCACCCGACAAAAGUCGAUUUUCUUGAUGUUGUUUGUCUUUAUAAUGUAAAUGUUUCUCUGUACAUACUGCUGUUUGGUAUAUAUAUAUGUGUGUAUAUGUAUA